AAAGGAGAAUACAACUCAACUUCAAGUUCAAAUCAAAGUUCAUCACGAAUUGCAUGCAGAAUUGGUUUUGUUUACUUGUUUCGUAAAUCGUCUUCAAAGAAAUUUUUUAUGUUUCAGAUAUAAUUAGCGAUUUCUUGUAAAAUGCCUGAAGAAAUUAAAACAUAUUCUCUAGAGGAGAUAGCAGCUCAUUCAACUGAAGAUUCUUUGUGGUUACUUAUAGACAAUGGCGUUUAUGAUGUUACACAGUUUAAGGAUGAACAUCCUGGAGGUCCAGAAGUUUUGCAAGAUUGGGGAGGCAAGGAAGCUACAGAAGCCUUUGAAGAUGUUGGACAUUCUUCAGAUGCAAAAAGUCAAUUGAAACAAUAUAAAAUAGGAGAAUUAUGUNACGGUUUAAACCAAUCUAAGAUUUUCUACUCUUACAUACAUUAA